AGUGGCUUGAAUGGUCUAUAAUAUUAAUAGAGUAAUAUUAUCAUGGAGACGCAAGAUGACGCACUUCUAGUAUCAGAAUCAGAUAAUAAAAACUAUGGCACAGUCUCCUCUGGGAAAUCGUCGGAGCCAUCAGAAUUGGAAAAGUCACGUGAUUUUUAUGUACUUGAAAAGCAGCCCAUCAAGCGAAUAUGCGGGUAUCCUAUAACUAUACCAUUCAUCAUAUUCAAUGAGUUUUGUGAACGAUUCUCUUUCUAUGGCAUGCAAAAAAAAUUUCAGCUAUUCUAACCAUCUACAUGACGGAGAAGCUGCUGUAUUCCAACCGUCAAGCAACCGUUUGGUACCAUGAGUUCGUAGCCAUAAGCUAUUUCACACCUCUCCUAGGAGCACUGGUCGCGGAUGCUUUUAUUGGAAAAUACCGGACUAUUCUCAUCUUGUCAAUGGUUUAUGUUGUUGGGAACGUUGUCAUGGCAGUAACUUCUGUUGGUAGAUGGUUUCCAGAGGAUAUAACAACCUCACAGGAUGGAAGUGCAAACUACCAGCCCCAGCUGUGGGGCCCUAUAUUGGGCCUGCACCUCAUUGCCCUGGGUACAGGAGGGAUAAAACCUUGUGUUUCUAGUCUUGGAGGAGACCAGUUCUUAAAAUCUGAGGGCACCAAACUUCAGAGUUACUUUUCGAUGUUUUAUUUCUCGAUCAAUUGUGGCGGAGUACUGGCAAUGUUUAUUACUCCUGAACUGCGGAGCUCAAAAUGUAUGGAUGAAACCACUUGCUUUCCAUUAGCAUUUGGUGUUCCUGCUGUUUUCAUGAUAUUGGCAGUAAUUUCGUUUGUGUUGGCCAGUAAAUGGUAUGUGAAGAUACCACCUCUUGGUAACCCUAUCACUGAUUACUCCAAAGUCAUCUGGGCUAUGCUGACGAGAAGAAAAAUGCUGGAAGAUAAUUUCGGGAUAAAAAAGGUUCAAGACACAAGACAACUACUCAGAGUGCUGUUUGUACUAUCACCUAUACCAUUCUUUUGGGCCUUGUAUUCACAACAAGGCAGCCGUUGGAUCAUUCAAGCCAAACGAAUGAAUGGGAAACUUGGUAACGUAGUGAUCAAGCCGGACCAGAUGCAGGUCUUUAAUCCCCUUCUCGUUCUGAGCCUUCUUCCGUUUUUUGAGGGAGUUGUUUAUCCACUUUUGAGAAAAAAUGGACUCAAAGUCAGAGCUACAUCUAGAAUGGUGGCUGGAAUGGUUUUUGUUGCACUGGCUUUCGUUGUCUGUGGAUUUGUGGAGUUAUCUAUGGAGGCGCGGGUAGCUACUUGGAAUGAAGAUAACGUUGAUGACAAACGAACACUUGACACCUUAGAUCCGGAACAUCAGCUUCACAUUCUGGCGACACUUCCUCAGAUAUUCCUUAUCGGCUGUGGUGAAGUACUUACAGUCGUCACUGGGCUAGAGUUUGCUUAUGCUUACGCACCAUCUUCCACAAAAUCAGUGUGUAGUUCCUUCUUCCUCCUGACCCACGCAUUUGGCAACGUCAUCACAAUAAUCUUCACUAAUGUCACAGAUCGUGAUUUAUAUUUGUACUUCAUGUGGGCUGGAAUUGAGCUGUCAGCUGCAAUCACCAUGUUCAUCAUAUGCUGGCACGUCCAAGACUCCCUUGAUAGAUCCAUACAACAAAUGCACACCCAGCCCAAGCUCCAAGAAUCCAAAGUUCCGGUGAAGUGAACUGUAAAAAAUACUAUUGACUUUUUAGCAUAUUUUUAGCGCUAGAAAGAUUUUUCGUAAACUGUCCGAUACAUCAUUUGGCUAAGGCUCCGAACGUUUUAUUGUUAGCUUGCAGCAAACACAACAUACUUAUAAACCCUCAAGAUGACCUGAACAUCUCUAUAAUGGGCACUUCCGGCGACACUAAAACAUAAAAGGACCUAAAUUAUCGACGGUAAAACUUCGUCGUGUCCCUUAACAGUCCUUUAUCCAAGCUGAGCGAUCAAGGAAGUUAGCAGAAACUAAUCUGAGGUAGUCUGAGAAGAAAUAAGAAAGUGA